ACUAUCGAAAUCGUGACAAAAUGAAGGUCUUUGGAUUAUUUUUCGUCUUGCUCUCGAUUUUGACACCCAAAGCUGUCAACGCCGAUUGCUCGGAUUGUUUGAAACUCGAGACAUUUUGGAAUAUAUAUGGCUCCAGGAUCAACGAUGGGCCCUGCUUUAUUAACGGAAACAACAAGGUAUGUUACAAAAAAGGUGGCGGAAAUAUGUAUUGCAAUGAAAAAGAUCCAAAGUGCAAUAUAUCUGAUGAUGGAAAGCCUCAAUACCCUCCCAAUAGCGGAACCCCUGAACAAUGUGAUUCAGUCCCAACAGUUGAUACUGAUACUUGCUCAUCCGAUACUGAAUUCUACAAGCAAACGUACCCAUCUACUACUAACCACACUAUGGUCAAGUACGGGUGUGAAGCGGGAGGAAAAUGUCAAGACGCCUGCAGCUAUGGAUUUUCCUCACAGGCCGAAAUUGAUUUCAUCGUGGACAAGCACAACGAGUUACGAGCCAAAGUAGCCAAUUGUGAAGAGGAUCAAGCUUUUAAUAGCACCAAAGGGCAACCCUGCGCCAAGAACAUGAAGAAACUGAAAUGGAGUGAUGAGCUGGCCAAAGUGGCUCAAAGAUGGGCUCAAGCUUGUGAUGGCUAUCAUGACGAGGACGGUGACAGGGUAGUGCCCGACUUUCCUGACGUGGGACAAAAUUGGGCUCGCUAUGAGGUGCCAGGUAUCGAAUAUCUUCAGGGAUCACAUGACCUUCUAAUUCAAAUUUGGUACAACGAGGUCAACGAUUUGAACCCUGAGGCUGUUUCAUCCUUCCACAAGGCUGGGACUUCUCGUCCAGGCAAGCCUACUGGUCAUUACACCCAAAUGGUUUGGGCUGCUACCACCCACGUGGGUUGUGGUUCCAUCUUCUACAAGUACCCCAAAGACGACAGCACAUGGUUUGGAAAGGUGCUUGUGUGCAACUAUGGACCUGCCGGGAAUUUUUUGGGAGAUUCAAUCUAUGAUAUUGCAUCCGAUCCAAGUGAAGUUGGCACAGGCUGCACGGGAGAAGUAGAGAAUGGGCUUUGUGUCUAAGUGAUCGGACGCCAGUUUCAUAUUCUACGCUGUUUGUCUUUUCAUUUAUGUCUAAUAAAGUAUCGAGCAAAGCA